AUGGCCCGCGCCCGGCUGUCCUUCGUCCCCAUCUCCCUCCUUCUGCUAGCCAGCCUCGCCGCCGCCGCAGCAGCAGCUGCGGAUCCAGAGGAAGGGGACCUCAGGAUCAGCGUGCAGUACGCAACCGAGGAGGAGUCUCGGUGGCUUGACCGCUGGGCGGAGAAGUACAAGGCUCAAGGGUCCGGCGAAGGCUUCAAGGUCCAGCCGGCCACCGACGAGGAGUCGGCGCGUAUGAACAGCAUGUUCACCGGCGUCGGCUACGACGGCCACAUCGAGUUUGACGACGACCACCCCUUUGGCAGAAUGGUGGUGGAUGCCUUCCACUCUCGACCUCGUCCGUCCAAGCCGAACGAAAACGAUGAUCUGCAGAAGAAGAACCUGGAGGAGCCUCACUCUCGUGCCGAGCAUGACGUCAAGGAUCUUUAG